CUCCUUGUAUGUCCGCUUCCGUUUGGUCUCAAGAACACUUGACGUAGAUUGUACCUAUCCUUUGGUUUCACAUUCGUAAUUGUUGCCUUGGGGUCGUUUGUUUCGACGAUGGCGCGGUGUGUCGUGAUCGCCAGCCUGAUCGGGGCCUCAGGCGCCGCUGGCUUUGCUUCUGCGGGCGAUCUCCAGCUGAUGCAGAUUUCGAAGACUGCUCAGACGAUGUCGAGGGACGAAAGAGGGAGGGAGUUCUACACUCACGCCAACGUGCGCGUCUACCCGUCGGCGGCCGAUCCUCCUCGACGUGACCAGGCGCCGAUUCGUAAAUGGAUUUUCGCGCUGAACAGCAGUGCUACGGAUCAGGUUUUGGAAACAUUCAUCGCGGAGCCGGAGUUCCAGGGCAGUGGGAGGCAUACCCAACCAGAUAUGGGCGCGCUGGCAUUCGCGUUUGGGGAUUUGACAGAAGACGGUCUUCAGGCAGUGCUGGAAAGGAACUCUGAGUCCGUGAAGUAUGCCGAGGAGGACGAGCUUCACAAUUAUAUCUUUGACGCUGCUGACGAGGAGGUCGGGGUUUAUGAUGAAGACAUCGUGAUGGGAGGUGUGGCGUCUGCGUCCGCGACAUGCAAUCAUCCAUGGGGAAUCUCCGCCAUCAAUGCCGACGUGGGCCGCCCCCGGGGCAGUGGGGUGAGCAUAUUUUCUCUCGACACGGGCGUUCGCUCAACCCACGCAGAUUUCGAAGGCCGGGCUGUCCGUUACUUGGAUCUAACCAACCCUGAAAAUACAUUGACUGUAUGCGAUGGAACCGACACAACAUGUGCCAAUGACCUCAACGGGCACGGCACCCAUGUCGCGGGCACUUCCAUAGGCCAUUGUUAUGGUGUCGCGAGCGCCGCAACCCUUUACGCGGCGAAGGUCCUCAAGGACGACGGCACUGGCUAUUUGUCGUGGAUCGUCGACGCUAUCGAGUACAUUGAAACUAAUGUUCCCAUGCCAUUCGUGAUUAGCGUGAGUAUUGAGGGCCCUGGCACGCACCAAUCGGUAGAGGACGCGAUGGACCAGGUGGUGAACAGUGGCGCAACGGUGGUGGUGGCUGCAGGGAACUCUAACACCGACGCAUGCACUGUCACCCCGGCGUUCGUCCCUUCGGCAAUUACAGUGGCAUCAUACGAUCAGUCGAAUGCCAAGUCGAGCUUCAGCAACUACGGCUCCUGCAUCGAUGUCUGGGCUCCGGGCAGCUCUGUCAAAUCGACGUCUCAUUCAGGCGACACUGCGACGAGUACGAAGAGUGGUACGUCGAUGGCCACUCCACACGUCGCUGGGCUCGUGGCCAUCAUGUACGAGGACCCAGGGACAACCGCGCUCACCGCCGACCAGAAGAAGACGCUGCUGCUGCAGGGGAGUGCUACCAACACGAUCACCGGCAUCCCGACGGCUUAUGGCGGGACUGCUAACGUGGUGGCUCAGGCACCCUCAGUGACACCAGCGCCGACACCAGCGCCCGUCUCUGGCGUUGGCGACCCCCAUCUCACCAACAUGUAUGGCGAGCACUUCGACCUUUACCGCAGUGGCGUGAACGUCCUCCUGCAGAUCCCGCGCUGGACCGGUGCAGAGCAGACGCUGCUGCGCCUGGAGGCCGACGCCAGGCGCAUAGGAGGCGCGUGCUCUGACGUGUAUCGAAGAGGUCGUGAAAAUAUCUGGGCACUGGACUAAUCAGACUGCCCCGCUUGAGUUCUUCGCAUCGUCCGACGACAAGCCCAACCACAUGAAAUGGACGCAGUUUGGCAAGGUCGAGUUGAGGGUGGUGAACGGUACGACUCGCCAGGGUACCAAGUACCUCAACGUCUUCGCUAAGAACCUUGGCAAUGCUGGGUAUGCAGUCGGAGGUCUCCUCGGCGGCGACUCAAAUACCGAGGCCGCGACUCCGGACCAGAAGUGCACCAACACCUUGUCUCUUUCGACAGCGCUAGCACAUCAUUAGAGUGAUGUCGCGUCACUCUAGUAUUUUGCUCAAGGAUCUGCCCCCCACUCUUGUUCCCCCCCAUCUGGCAGUCUGGCUUUGCACGCCGCCAGAUUCUAUAUGUUUGAUCUUUUGUGGUGGUGUGUGUAGGUGUGUGUGUGUGUGUGUGUGUGUGCCCCGCCGACCGAUCGACAGGGCAGCACGGCAGCACGGCGCGCAUUCGCCAGGCCCAUUAUAGAGAGCUACUGCGGACUUUUGGCACCACCAGAGCGUGUGCGUGCGCACUCCAGGGGCAGCGCGCGCGCCGAAAAAUCUCACAGUUUCUUCUCAGUGGCGGGCGCUUUCUUCCCGUGCCGCUUUGGAAGCAAUACUCGCAAAUGUGGUCGGGCUAUACGACAUGGUCGGACGCGCGCCUCUGAGGAGGACACAUGGUACUGGUAUGUCCUCCUGCGUCCCAUCGGCGGGGUGGGCGCACCUGCCCUUCCGCACCGCCCGCCAGAUCAAUACAGCCAAGAUCCAUAGCAAGGACUCGCUGGCGCCUCAGGGCUGCCCCUGCAUCCCUGC